AUGCUCCCGGGGUCCCCGAGAGCCUGGGGGCUGCCGCCGCCGCCGCUGCUGCUGCUGCUGCUGUGGCUGGUGCCGGGGCCUGGGGCUUCUCAAGGAGAUCACCCAGGAGAGCCAGUCACUCCCCACUGGGUCCUGGAUGGACAUGGGGCCAGCCUGGAGAAGCCUGUCUCAAAGGGGCUGGUGGCCUUGGAGGCUGAAGGCCAGGAGCUCCUGCUUGAGUUGGAGAAGAACCAACUACUGGCUCCUGGAUACACAGAAACCCACUACAACCCUGAUGGGCAGCCUGUCGUGCUGGUCCGAAAAGACAUGGAUGACUGCCACUACCACGGAAGAGUGAGGGGCUACCCUGACUCCUGGGUGGUCCUCAGCACCUGCUCAGGGAUGAGCGGCCUGAUCACGCUCAACAGCAAUGCCAGCUAUUAUCUUCGGGCCUGGCCACCUGCACGCUCCAAGGACCCCUGGACCCACAAGAUCUUUCGGAUGGAGCAGCUGCUCCGUUGGAAAGGGGUCUGUGGCCACAAAACUUCCAGCGACAGAAGGGACAGCACUGGUCUUCCUCGUGGCCCCCAGAGCAGGUCUUCCCCACAGGGUCACCGUUGCCAGGAGAGGCGAGCCACAGACAGGAGCAUGAGGUACCUGGAACUGUACCUAGUGGCUGACCACACCCUGUUCUUGACCCAGCACCGGAACUUGAACCGCACCAAGCAACGUCUCCUAGAGGUCGUCCACUACGUGGACCAGUUCCUCAGGACUCUGGACAUUCAGGUGGCACUUGUCGGCCUGGAAGUGUGGACGGAGCAGGACCUGAGUCCGGUCACAGCGGAUGCAAAUGCCACGCUGUGGGCUUUCCUGCACUGGCGUCGCGGGCAGUGGGCGCUGCAACCACACGACUCCACACAGUUGCUCACGGGCCGCGCCUUCCAGGAUGCCACCGCGGGCCUGGCACCGGUGGAGGGCAUGUGCCUCUCGGAGAGCUCAGGGGGCGUGAGCACGGACCACUCGGAGCUCGCUCUGGGCGCCGCAGCCACCAUGGCCCACGAGAUAGGACACAGUCUCGGCCUCAGCCACGAUCCCGAAGACUGCUGCGUGGACGCCUUGCGGGAGCAGGGCGGCUGCGUCAUGGGAGCGACCAUGGGGCGUCCCUUUCCGCGGGUGUUCAGCGCCUGCAGCCGCCGCCAGCUGCGCGCCUUCUUCCGCAAGGGGGGCGGCGCGUGCCUCUCGGACGCCCCGGCCGAGCAGCCGGCGCGCUGCGGGAACGGCUUGGUGGAGGUGGGCGAGGAGUGCGACUGCGGCGCCUUGCAGGAGUGCCCGGACCCCUGCUGCCUGGCUCACAACUGCUCGCUGCGCGCCGGGGCCCAGUGCGCCCGCGGGGACUGCUGCGCGCGCUGCCUGCUGAAGCCGGCGGGCGAGCUGUGCCGCCAGGCGGCCGGCGACUGUGACCUCCCCGAGUUCUGCACGGGCGCCUCCCCGCACUGUCCCCCGGACGUUUACGUGCUGGACGGCUGGCCCUGUGCCCGGGGCCGCGGCUACUGUCGGGACGGCGCGUGCCCCACGCUCGAACAGCAGUGCCAGCAGUUCUGGGGGCCUGGCGCUCGCCCGGCGCCGGAGGCCUGCUUCCAGGUAGUGAACUCCGCCGGAGACGCCCACGGGCACUGUGGCCAGGACAGCCAGGGCCGCUUUGUGCCUUGCGCCCAGAGGGAUGCAAAGUGCGGGAAGCUUCAGUGCCAAGGCGGCGAGCAGGGCCCCCGCGUGCCCGACACCCUGCCUGUGGACUCCACCGUCAGCGUCGAUGGCCAGAACGUGACCUGUAGAGGAGCUUCGGCGCUCCUGCCGGGCCGGCUGGACCUGCUUGACUUGGGAUUAGUAGAUAUGGGCACCCAGUGUGGACCUCGAAUGGUGUGCCAGGACCGGCGCUGUCAGAAUGCCACCUUCCAGGAGUUGGCGCACUGCCUGGCCGCGUGCCACGCCCAUGGGGUUUGCAAUAGCAACUACAACUGCCACUGUGCCUCAGGCUGGGCACCCCCCUCCUGCGACCAGCCCGGGUUGGGAGGCAGUAUAGACAGCGGCCCAGUGCCACGGGAAAAACACGAAGCCUUCCUGCUGGCCACCGUCCUCAGCUUCCUGCUGCCUCUGCUGCCCGGGGCCGGCCUGGCCUGGUGCUGCUACCGCUGCCCCCGGUCCUGUCUCCAGCAGCACCCCCGGGGCUCGAGGAGGCGUCCUGCGUGCAGUGGACCCAAAGUAGGUCCCAGCAGGGACCACCCCCUGGGCAGCAGUCUUUCCAUGGAGCUGAAUCCAGUAGCCACUGAAGUGCCUGGGGCCCCUGGACCUGAUAAUUCUGCUGGAGCCCAGCAGCUAACCUGAGAAGCCUGCACCCUCAAAGUAGCAUUCCAGGAGCCAAGACUCUGUCUCUGGUGAGAGGUGGCUUCUGAUUAGAGGAGACUUAAAACCAGGAGGCCUCUGGCACUCAUUCCAAGAACCUGGACCCCCUCCUCUGCCAGAGCAUUGCCAAGGCAUCAUCUGACUUCCUGCACUUCCAGACAACCAAAAUCACCCCCCGCCCCCCCACCAAAGAGCCGCCCUCCCCAUCCACUGCAGGACGGGGAACAUGGUCGGAAGUUGCUUUAUGGUGUCUCUCCCCACCCUUAGGGCUGGGGGACUCUGCCAGGGUACCCCCUCCUGCUCAAGAAUGUGCCAGUUCAAGGAGGGAAUGCCCCAUAGUCACCAGCCUACCUUGGCAGGAGAGUCUGGGCCAUGCUGGACACCCAGAGACCACAGCCUUGCUACCCUGGUGUGUCCAAUCUAUGCACCGCACCCAGACCCCUGCUCUGUGGGGGGUGAUGGCUGCUGGGCCAGAAGCUGGGACUUCGGGUCCUGUCUUACAAUUCUGGGCCUGUACUACCCCGCAUAUGAACAAAAGAACAAAUACUUUGGGAUCUGCCCUCCUGCCCACUCCUGA